GUCUCAGUGAGUUGUAAAUGAAAUGAAAUAAAAUAAAAUAAAAUGAAAAUAAAAUAAAAUGAAAAUAAAUGAAGUGAAAUAAAAUAAAAUAAAAUAAAAUAAAAUAAAAUAAAAUAAAAUAAAAUAAAAUAAAAUAAAAUAAAAUAAAAUAAAAUAAAAGUGUCAUUGGCUGCAGUGAUCCUGGUGGCCGCUGGGCGAUGCUGCAGUCUGCAGGACCGGAAAAAGAACUGUAUGUGAUUCCGGUUCCGGUCUGUUUUGUUGUGUUGGUGAUUCUCCUGCUGCAUGGUUCCUCUGGUUCCUCUGGUUCCUCUGGUUCCUCUGUUCCUCUGUUCCUCUCGUUCCUCUGUUCCUCUCGUUCCUCUGUUCCUCUCGUUCCUCUGUUCCUCUGGUUCCUCUGGUUCCUCUGGUUCCUCUGUUCCUCUGGUUCCUCUGUUCCUCUGGUUCCUCUGUUCCUCCUAGUCUCUCCUCACAUCUUUCAGCGGCUCUGAUGCAUCGCGCACCGGUCAGACCUCAGCAGAGUCCCGGAGCUCCGCGGCCGGGUGGAAGGUUUCCCUCCCCGGUCUCUUGCUGGGGUUUCCCCGGGUCUCGCUCCCCGCACGGAGGCUCCGGAUAUCGCGGAGUCUCUCCGCGGGGCGGGGCCGCGUACUCUCCGGGUUCCCCGGCCUAUUCUCCGGGUUCCAAUCGAGGCUACUGGGACGGUUCUCCGGCCGGUUUCGGCAGCGGGUCGCGGGGCCGCGGAGCACAGAUGCGGCGCAGAGGAGACGGUUUCCGGCGGCCUCAGUCGUUCAGUCCCGGUUCCGCUCAGAAGUUCCAUGGGAGGUUUCAGUUUGGAUCUUCAGACGCUGCAGUGGAGAAAUAUUUCAGCCCAUCGAUGCUCCAGGAUCCAUGGGCGGCGCUGCAGCCAAUCAAAGCAGCUGACGCAGGCAACAACUGACUCACAACAACAGACACACAACAUGACAGGAACAACCGACAACAAUAGACACAACAACACUUCAUCAGCAGUAAACAAACAGACGUCCUGACAGGAAGUGACAUCUGCAGUUAACAGACCUGAGGUCUGUGAGCGUCGUCACCAGCUUCACCAGUGUCGGGAUCAGAUCUAAUCAAUUCAGGGAUCAGUCACUUUGAUUUGACGAGUUUAUAGAUGAAAUAUUUUUUACAAGACAUUUUUAAAUCUGAUUAUUUUUCACAUGUUUUACUCAGUUUGUAAAAAGUUGUUUUAAAAUUAAAAAAAACAAAACUUUUGAA